CCUCUCGCUCUCAGAGUCUCAGACUCAGUCUGUCUCUCCGGGAGCAAAUAUUCCAAUCCGACGGUGCGGUGCUCCGAGCCGACUCCAUCCCUCGAAGCGCCCCCGCCGACGGACCCGGUAAAAAGUCCCCCUCGGAAAGCGAGCGAGCGAUUGGACCAGAAGGAGGGCGAGGAGGAGGAGGAGGAGGACUGGAGGAGACAGCGGGGCGUGCGGACCCGGUCGGAUCGUCUCAUGGCGGAGAUGCAGAAGUACGGGCUGUCCAACCCACCCCCAGACAUUCCCGAGAUACUGCUGGAAGCUCAGAAUCGAUGGCUGCGACCCACUGAAAUCUGCCAAAUACUGUACAACUACAAGAAAUUCUCCAUUGCGCCCGAGCCACCAAACAGGCCUCCAAGCGGCUCACUCUUUCUAUUUGACCGAAAAAUAUUGAGAUACUUCAGAAAGGAUGGACACAUCUGGAGAAAGAAGAAGGAUGGCAAGACAGUCAAGGAAGCUCAUGAAAAGCUGAAAGUUGGCAGUGUUGAUGUACUUCAUUGCUAUUAUGCACAUGGCGAAGAGAAUGAGAAUUUCCAAAGACGGACCUAUUGGUUGUUAGAAGAGGGUUUCAUGAAUAUUGUUCUUGUGCACUACCUUGACAUCAAGGGUGGCAAACAAAGUUUUAGUCGUUCAAAAGAAGCUGAAGAGAUUGCACGAUUAUCAACUGAUGAUAGUCCUGCAUGUUCAAACUCUUUCGCUAGUCAGAGCCAGGUAGCCUCCCAAACUAUGGAUGCUGAAAGCCCAAUUAGUGGACAGAUUUCGGAAUAUGAAGAUGCUGAAACAGAUAAUAAUCGAGCAAGCUCCAGAUACCACCCUUUCGUUGAGAUGCAGCAGCCUGUGGAUGGAGUCAUGAUGGAUAAUCUGUUGGGUUCUCCAGCUCCAAGUACUUGCGUAAAUAAUCUAGCUGCAGGUUAUCAGGGUGAACUGCAGGCUGCAACAACCGACUUAAACAAUCAUUAUGUUACUCGCCAUGGCAUAGCUAAUGUGUUCAAUGAAGCUGGAGCUGGAUUAAGGAGUGGUUCCAAAUCUCCACUUGAUUCAGUGCAUUUCCGUGAGGCCUUUCCAGAAUAUUCAACUGGGCUCAUGGAGCCGACACUCCAUUCUUCUGUCGCCACCAUGGGGUCCAACAAUCUGGAUGACAACUCUCGCUUAGAAACUUUUAUGACCGAGGAACUGUACACCAACAACCUAACUCAAAGGGAAGCUGAUGCGCUGAGUGCUGCAGGCAUGACGUCCUCGCAGGUGCAGAGUGAAAACUAUGCAGAUGGAAGCAUCGGAUAUCCACUAUUAAAGCAGUCAUCAUUGGAUCUCUUUAAGAUCGAGCCCAAUGGUUUGAAGAAAUUUGACAGCUUCACCAGAUGGAUGAGUGACGAACUUGCAGAGGUAGCUGAUUUGGGUAUCAAGUCCAGUUCUGAUGCUUUCUGGAGCAGUACUGAAACUGUAAAUGCUGCUGAUGGCUCUAGUAUACCUAUCAACGAGCAGCUAGAGCAGCUAAAUGCAUAUGUAGUCAGCCCCUCUCUUUCCCAAGACCAGCUUUUCAGCAUUAUUGACGUUUCUCCAAGCUGGGCAUACAGUGUCUCGGAGAUCAAGGUCUUAAUUACUGGUACAUUCUUGACAAAUAAAGAAAACGUGGAAAAUUGCAAGUGGUCAUGUAUGUUCGGGGAUGUUGAAGUACCGGCUGAGGUUUUAGCAGAUGGAUCCCUGCGCUGCUACACUCCAGUACAUCAAUCUGGGCGAGUUCCAUUUUAUGUGACAUGCUCAAAUAGGGUAGCUUGUAGUGAAGUGAGGGAAUUCGAGUUUUGUGAUUCUGAGACCCAGUAUAUGGAGGCGGAUCCCCAUACUACUGGUAUUAAUGACAUGCAUUUACGUAUCCGUCUUGAUAAGUUGCUUUCCCUGGGACCAGAUGACUAUGAGAAAUAUGUUUUGAGCGAUGGAAAUGAUAAGCAUGAGUUAGUCAGCACUAUCGGUGCCUUGAUGCUUGAUGAUAAAUUUACAAACCUGGCAUUACCAUCAGAUGAAAAAGAUUUUUCUGCUGCACAGGAUAAGAAUCUUGAGAAAUUGGUGAAAGAUAAGUUGUAUUGUUGGCUUAUCCAUAAGAUACAUGAUGAUGGGAAAGGUCCCAAUGUGUUAGGCAAGGAAGGACAAGGCGUGAUUCAUUUAGUAGCUGCACUUGGCUAUGAUUGGGCUAUUAGACCAAUUAUUACUGCAGGUGUACCUGUGAACUUUAGGGAUGCUCGUGGAUGGACUGCGCUUCACUGGGCUGCGUCUUGUGGAAGAGAGCGGACAGUUGGUUCCCUGAUAACAAAUGGAGCUGCAUCUGGUGCAUUAACAGAUCCAACUCCUCAAUUUCCAUCUGGAAGAACGCCUGCUGAUUUAGCAUCAGAAAAUGGACACAAAGGCAUUGCAGGUUUUCUUGCAGAGUCUGCCUUGACAAGUCAUCUUUCAGCACUUACACUAAAAGAGUCACAGGGUUGCAAUGUGGAAAAAAUAUGUGAAUUAUCAGAAGCCAAUGGCUUUGCAGAACCAAGUUCUGCUCAGCUUACUUGCCAAGAUUCUGAGGCAGAGUCGUUAAAAGAUUCACUUAGUGCAGUUCGUAAAUCAACUCAAGCUGCAGCCAGAAUAUUUCAAGCUUUUAGGGUGGAGUCAUUCCACAGAAAGAAGGUGGUUGAAUAUGGAGAUGAUGAUUGUGGAUUAUCUGAUGAGCGCACGCUUUCACUUAUUUCCCUUAAAAAUGCCAAAUCUGGACAGAAUGAUAUGCCACACUCUGCUGCAGUUCGUAUCCAAAACAAGUUCAGAGGAUGGAAAGGAAGAAAGGAGUUUAUGAUUAUUCGACAGAAAAUCAUCAAGAUACAGGCCCAUGUAAGAGGACAUCAAGUAAGGAGAAACUAUCGGAAGGUAGUCUGGUCAGUAGGCAUCGUGGAGAAAGUUAUACUGAGGUGGAGGAGAAAGGGAAGAGGCUUGCGUGGUUUCCAACCGGACAAACAACUUGAAGGGCCAUCGCAGAUCGAGCCUGCAAAGGAUGAGGAUGAAUAUGACUUCUUGAAGGACGGCAGGAAGCAGGCUGAAGGCAGGCUACAAAGGUCACUGGCUCGUGUGAAGUCGAUGACAAAUUACCCAGAAGCAAGAGAACAGUACAGUCGGCUACAAGCCUGUGUUACAGAACUACAAGACACCAAGGAGAAGCAGGAUAAGAUGCUAAUCGAAGCAGCUGGUGCUGAUGGAGGCGAUUUCAUGGUUGAUUUGGAGGACUUGUGCGGGGAUGACGAUGGUCACACACCAAUGCCCACUAUUUUGUGACGUUGAUGAGCUUUGCUAGACCAGUUUAGGCUGUGACUUGUUCGUUUUACCAGAAUAGUUGUAAAUUCUUGUGCUAGAUGUUCACCGCUCACCGUUGACUCAAUAUAGCUAAUACAUGGGGAUUUCAUAGUUCUGUUA